AACUUUUGAUUUUUUAAUUAAAUUUUUUCAUCAAAAUUCAAAACCUAACACAUAAAGUAUCUAUUUUAUGCAAUUUUUUGUCACAAAGUAAAAAGUUAAAUUAUGCAGAAGUAUGAAAAACUUGAAAAAAUUGGCGAAGGCACCUACGGAACUGUUUUCAAGGCAAAAAAUAAAGAAACUCAUGAAAUUGUAGCGCUGAAACGCGUAAGGUUAGACGAUGACGAUGAAGGCGUUCCCUCGUCUGCUUUACGAGAAAUAUGUCUCCUGAAAGAACUGAAGCAUAAGAAUAUAGUUCGGCUGUAUGAUGUACUUCACAGUGAAAAAAAGUUGACACUAGUAUUUGAGCAUUGUGAUCAAGAUUUGAAGAAAUAUUUUGACAGUCUCAACGGAGAAAUAGAUUUGGAUGUAGUUAAGUCCUUUAUGUACCAAUUACUGCGGGGUCUCGCAUUUUGUCAUAGUCAUAAUGUAUUACAUCGAGAUCUUAAGCCCCAAAAUUUAUUAAUUAAUAAGAAUGGCGAACUUAAACUAGCAGAUUUUGGUUUAGCAAGAGCUUUUGGUAUCCCUGUAAAAUGCUACUCAGCAGAGGUAGUGACACUGUGGUACCGUCCACCAGAUGUUCUCUUUGGUGCUAAACUAUAUACUACUAGUAUAGAUAUGUGGUCGGCAGGUUGUAUAUUUGCAGAAUUGGCCAACUCAGGCCGCCCAUUGUUUCCUGGCUCAGAUGUUGAUGACCAGUUGAAGAGAAUUUUUAAAUUACUUGGUACACCAAAUGAAGACACAUGGCCAGGUGUCACUCAGUUGCCUGACUACAAACCACUUCCUGUUUACCAGCCAAGCCUGGGCCUGGCUCAAGUAGUCCCACGGCUACCAGCAAGAGGAAGAGAUCUUCUGGCACGCCUCCUCACUUGUAACCCAGCAUUGAGAAUGCCAGCUGAUGAUGCCAUGGCACAUGCUUACUUUCAUGACUUGAAUCCAUCAGUAAAGAAUGACCGAUGUUAACAAUCAAUCCAUCCAUACAAAUGUACCUCAGAACUAUUAGUUUGUGAUAAAAAAAAUGUUGAGGUGCAGGAGUGUUGUGAUGAAGAGACUUAAAUUAUUAUACCAAGACUUGAACCUAGUAUAAGAUAUACUGUAAUGUAUAAUAGUUAGAAUACAAUAAACGUCAUACUUGUUAUAUUUAAAUAAUGAAUUAAUUAAUAAUAUUCAGUAUUUUUCGGACAUGUUCAGUCACUCUAAUCUAAAGAUAAAAUGUUCUAACAUUUUGGUAAUGAAGGUUUAUACUUUAUAAACAUUUAAUGAUGUCAUUUGCUCAUUAUUGAUCUCAUGUGGAUAUUAUACUAACUUCCUUUAGUGAUUAAGAAAUGUAUAUUUUGUUUUAAGCAUACAAAUGUGUGAGAUUAAAUGUUAAGUAAGAAUUAACUUAAUAAUAGUGAUGUAAGUUUUGUGGUAAGUGCAAUAAAUAAGAGUAAUAGUCAAUUAUCAUGUUUUAUAUAUUCUUUAUAACAGCUUCUUAGAUUGAAAAAUCUUGCCAUCAAAUAACAGUACCAGAUUAUGUUAUGUUUACUCUCAGGGUGGAACUGUAAUGAGUGUUGUCUCCCAUAUAA